CCUGUCUUCCCCUCACCCCCCCGCCCGCCCGGCCCCUCUCCCGCCGGCCGAGCCCCGGAGCGCCGCCGCCGCCGGGGUGUGAGCGGGGCCCGGCGCCGUGCCGGGCCGUCCCUCGCCGGCGGGGCCAUGGCCGCGAGCGCCAAGCGGAAGCAGGAGGAGAAGCACCUGAAGCUGCUGCGGGAGAUGAGCAGCCUCCCGCCCAACCGCAAGUGCUUCGACUGCGACCAGCGGGGCCCCACCUACACCGACAUGACCGUGGGCAGCUUCGUGUGCACCUCCUGCUCCGGCAUCCUGCGGGGCUUGAAUCCACCCCACAGAGUGAAGUCGAUUUCAAUGACUACGUUCACACAACAGGAAAUAGAAUUUCUGCAGAAACAUGGAAAUGAAGUGUGCAAACAGAUUUGGCUAGGCCUAUUUGAUGAUAGAUCAUCAGCAAUUCCAGACUUCAGGGAUCCACAGAAAGUGAAGGAAUUUCUACAGGAAAAAUAUGAAAAGAAAAGAUGGUAUGUUCCUCCAGAGCAAGCAAAGGUGGUGGCAUCAGUCCAUGCAUCCAUAUCGGGCUCUUCUGCCAGUAGUACAAGCAGCACACCUGAGGUGAAGCCACUCAAAUCUCUCUUGGGAGAAGCUGCACCCGCACUGCACUUAAACAAGGGCACACCUAGCCAAUCUCCUGUUGUAGUUCGAUCUCAAGGACAGCAGCAACAAGAAAAGAAACAAUUUGACCUCCUCAGUGACCUUGGCUCAGAUAUCUUUGCUGCUGCUCCUCCUCAGUCAACUGCUACAGCAAAUUUUGCUAAUUUUGCACACUUCAACAGUCAUACAGCGCAGAACUCUGCCAAUGCAGGUUUUGCAAACUUUGAUGCAUUUGGACAGUCUAGUGGCUCGAGUAAUUUUGGAAGUUUCCCCACAGCAAGUCAGUCUCCUUUUCAGCCCCAAAAUACAGGUGGAAGUGCUGGAUCAGUGAAUGCUAAUUUUGCUCACUUUGAUAACUUCCCCAAAUCCUCCAGUGCUGAUUUUGGAUCCUUCAAUGCUUCUCAGAGCAACGCCACAGCAACUGCAGCCAGUAAAGCUGCAGUGAAUAAACUGAAUCUUCAGUCAGCUGACAAAUAUGCAGCUCUUGCUAAUUUAGAUAAUAUCUUCAGUGCAGGGCAAGGUGGGAGCGAGCAGGGAAGUGGCUUCAGCACAGCCGUGUCCUCGGCAGGCCCCGCGCUGCCAGCCCCCCACCAGUCAGGAGCAUCUUCGGACAAGUACGCGGCGCUGGCGGAGCUGGACAGCGUCUUCAGCUCCACGGCCACCUCCAGCAACGCCUACACCGCCACCAGUAACGUCAGCAGCAAUGCGUUUGGAACAGUACCUGUGGCUGCUACUGCACAGACACAGCCUGCAUCUUCAAGCGUGCCUGCUCCAUUUGGAGCAACACCUUCCACAAAUCCAUUUGUAGCUGCCCCUGUUGCCCCAGUGGCACCUUCAACAAAUCCAUUCCAGACCAAUAGCCGAGGAGCAACAGCAGCAACAUUUGGAACUGCAUCCAUGAGCAUGCCUGCAGGAUUUGGAACUCCUGCCUCGUACAGUCUUCCUACUAGUUAUAGUGGCAACUUCCAGCAGCCCACGUUCCCAACCCAGGCAGCUUUCCCUCAACAGACUGCUUUUGCUCAGCAGCCAAAUGGAGCAGGUUUUGCUACAUUUGGACAAGCAAAGCCAGUAGUAACUCCUUUUGGACAAGUUGCAGCUGUUGGAGUAUCUAGUAACCCUUUUAUGGCUGGUGCACCAACAGGACAAUUUCCAACAGGAAGCUCAUCAACCAAUCCUUUCUUAUAGCCUUAUAGACACUUUACCCAAAAGAACUCUUAUGUGGUCACAUAACAUCUCUGCGCCUCUUGCACUGUUGUCUUGUUUCACUGAUAUUAGCUUUAAACACAAAAGAAGUCUUUAAGAAGUAAAAAUAAAAGCCUGCAUUGUGUACCUUUAAAAAACUUCAAAAAGAAAAAAACACCCGACACAAAAAAACAAGAAAACCACCCUCCCCCACCAGGUAAUAACGUGCAAAACAGAGGGCUGUGGUAACAUCCUUGAACCUGUGAAGUGGCAGGUGAAAAGUAGCGGUAUCAUGUGUAUUAAGAUUGGCUAAUAAGUUAUUGCAGAUACCACACUCAUUAUGCUGCAGUACUGUACAUAUUUUUCUUAGAAAAUAGCUAUUUGUGCAUAUCAGUAUUUGUAACUUUAACACAUUGUUAUGUGAAAAAUGUUACUGGGGAAUAGAUCAGCCACUUUAAGGUGCUGUUGUAUCUCUUGGAAUGAAUGAGCUGCAUCAUUUUAACCAUUGGUAUUGGAAGUCACGAAGUUAAAUUGAAGGUUUGUUCAUUUCUCAAAA